CCUCCGGUUUCCGCUGACACUAUCCUAGAUUCGGACCAUCUUAGGCAGAAAGCCGCCUCUAUCGGCUUAGUCAACAAUAAAACCAAAGCUCGGGCGCGCUCUCGAUCCAGGGCAAGAACCUCCUCUUCAGAAGCUCCAUCCAUCCCCAAUGAGAUAAAUACUGCUGCUCAAGGAAAGACUAAGGAGGUUUCCCCGACAGAUAUGGCUGGAUCUUCUAAGUCUGCAUCUGUUGAAGUGGAGCCAGAUCCUCCUAUCAAAUCCCUGAUUGAUAAGGGAAAAUCUUUGGCUAAUAAUCCGCGCAUGAUCUCUAUUCCGGUUUCCACCAUUCACGCUAUCAUGGCUGAGGGGCCAAUUGCCACCAAAUCGGCCAGGAAAAAAGCGAUCAAACUCCUGAUGCACUGUUCGGAGACCAUUCCUCCAGAGGCCAAAGCGAUGCCUCCUCUCGGCUCUAGUUCUGCUCUCAUGUCUAACCCUGCUAUAAGUCAAACUGUGGCUAGGGAUAAGACCAGCUGCUAACUCGUUCCCCUCCUAUUUGUGUACAUAAUGACAGUUUUUUGUUGGAAUGUUCGUGGGUUAUGCAGUUACUCAAGACAGCGUUUUGUUCGUUCCUGGGUUACCUCCAAUAAUUGUUUGCUCGGUGGUGUUUUGGAAACGAAGGUCAAGGCAGAUAGCGCAGACAGGAUUCUGGCUUCUACCUUCCCUGGUUGGCGUUUAGCUGAUAAUUACCAAUUUUCGGACAACGGUAGAAUCUGGGUGGUCUGGGACCCUUCAAUCUCCGUGGUCAUCUUCUCCAAGUCAGAGCAGCUCAUUCUCUGUGGGGUUCAUCUUCCUGCUUCUGACAUCUCUUUCGCGAUUGCUUUCGUUUAUGCGCUCAACACUGAGAAUCAACGGCGAAUGCUUUGGUCUGAAAUCUCUCAAAUUCACUCCAACUCUCCUGCUAGAUUUCGCCCUUGGGCCCUGGCCGGUGAUUUCAACCAAAUUGCCUCAUCAUCCGAACACUUUUCUGUUAUCCCCUCGGCGUUCUCUCUUUCGGGCAUUACCGACAUUCAAUCAUGCUUAGAGGAUAAUGAGCUUCGAGAUCUUCAAAGCAGGGGUGCUUUCUACACCUGGUCUAAUCAUCGCCCUGAAGAUCCUAUUCUUCGGAAAUUGGACCGAGUGCUGGUGAAUGAUGCCUGGUCUGAUCUCCUCCCAGAAUCAUUGGCAAUCUUCGAUCCUCCAGGUGACUCCGAUCACUCUCCAAGUCUGAUUUGUCUCGAAGCCUCUCUCCCACCUAUCAAAAAAAGCUUCAAAUACUUCUCAUUCUUGGCUUCCCACCCUGAGUUCUUAGCGAAAAUCUCGGAAGCAUGGUUAUCUCUUUCGCGGGUUGGAUGUGCUUUGUUUACUCUCGGGCAAAAGCUGAAUGCCGCCAAAGCUUGUUGUAGAUCUCUUAACAGGCAGGGCUUUGCCAACAUUCAGCAGAAAACCAAAGAGGCUCUUACCCACCUUGAAGCUAUUCAACGAGAGUUGCUCUCUUCCCCUUCUGAUGCUCUGUUUCAAGAAGAAGUGGCAGCUAGGGCCACUUGGAACUUUUUUGCUGAUGCUCAGGAAUCGUUUUACAGGCAGAAAUCUAGGAUCAGAUGGCUCAAGGAUGGGGAUGCUAACACCAACUUCUUCUUUAAAGCUGUUGUUGCCAACCAAGCUCGUAAUGCUAUCAAAGUCCUUAGAGACCCCAUGAAUAACCGGAUUGACAAUCCCGAUCAGAUUAAAGACAUGAUUGUCACUUUCUAUCGGCAGUUACUGGGCACUGAGGUGCGAGUGAUUCUUCCCUUUUAUGUGCCUGAGAUCCAGGCUAUCCACCCCUUUCGAUGCUCACAACAUAUAUCGGACCUUCUCGUCCUCAUUCCGUCUGAUGAGGAGAUUAAGGCUGCCAUAUUUUCCAUGCCCAGAAACAAGGCCCCAGGCCCUGAUGGAUUUCCUUUGGAGUUUUUCCUGGAGGCCUGGUCAGUUGUGGGUGAUGACAUUAUUGCCGCAGUUAAGGAUUUCUUCUCCACUGGGUUUCUUCUACGAAGGUUUAACUAUACAGUCAUCGCUCUUCUCCCCAAGUUUCCGGGAGCCGAUCAGCUUACUAGCUUCAGACCGGUCUCUUGCUGCACCACGGUGUACAAGAUAAUCGCGAGGAUUCUAAAAAGAAAGCUCCAACUCUUCACCGCUGAAGCUGUUCAGCUAAACCAGGUUGGCUUUAUCAAAGGAAGACUCUUAUGCGAAAAUGUUCUUCUUGCCUCGGAGUUGGUCGAUGGAUUUCAUAAAGAAGGGGCCACUUCUCGGGGUUGCUUACAGAUCGACAUUACCAAGGCCUUUGACAGCGUGAACUGGUCCUUUCUUAUUCGAGUUCUUGAGGCUUUGGAGCUUCCCUCUACCUUUGUUCACUGGAUCUCGGAAUGCAUAUCUUCCACUUCGUUCAGCAUUGCUUUUAAUGGGGGUCUAAUUGGGUUUUUCAAAGGAAUGAAGGGUCUCAGGCAAGGGGACCCAAUUUCAUCUCUCCUCUUCGCUAUUGUCAUGGACAUUUUGUCCAAGAAGCUGGACCAGGGAGCCGCAAACCAGGUUUUUCAACCCCACCUCCUAUGUAUCUCCCCUCUUGUUACUCAUUUGAGCUUCGCAGACGACCUGCUGAUCUUCUUUGAUGGUUCUGAGACCUCCCUGAUCGGUAUUCUGGGCAUACUCGAAGAAUUCAAAUCGAUAUCUGGUUUAGCUAUUAACAGGGAGAAAUCCUUUCUCUUUUUGGAUGGUGGUAAUCUAGCGGACCAUCGUGAUCUCUGCGAUAGACACGGUCUCGCUCUUGGCUCCCUUCCAAUGCGAUACCUUGGUGUCCCUCUCACUUCGAAGAAAAUGACUAAGCAUGAUUAUCAGCUGCUUGUUGAAAAAAUAGCGAAGAGGUUCUCUUCUUGGACCGUCCGUCAGUUGUCUUUCGCGGGCAGAUUGCAGCUUGUUCAAGCCGUGAUUUACUCGACUAUUAACUUUUGGGCUUCUAUUUUUAUUCUCCCCAACCAAUGUAUCGCAACUCUGGAACGCAUGUGCAACGCUUUCUUGUGGAGUGGAGCUCCUUCUUCUGCUAGAGGGGCUCGGAUUUCUUGGGACUCGGUGUGUUCUCCUAAAUCCAGUGGCGGUUUGGGUUUACGCAGACUUCAUGACUGGAAUAAGGUGUUGGGAUUGAAGCUUAUAUGGUUGAUUUUUACUUCAGCAGGUUCUCUCUGGGUCUCUUGGAUCAGAUUGAACAGAUUCCAUUCAGCUACCUUCUGGGAUCUGCAGGACUCAACUUCUGGUAGUUGGAUUUGGAAGCGCCUGUACAAGCUAAGGCACUUAGCAAGACCCUUCCUCUUCUGCGAAAUAGGUUCGGGUAUCACGACUAACUUUUGGCAUGAUGACUGGACCUCUCUUGGUCCUCUCUUGCAUCUUACAGGCGAUGCAGGUCCAAGAUGCUCUGGCCUCCCCAUUGAUGCUUCAGUCGCUGAUGCUAUUGCUGAUGGAGACUGGUGGCUCGCCCGAUCAAGGAGUAGACACCCGAUAAUCUCCUUGCUUCGUUGUUGCCUCCCACCAGCUUCUCCCAUUGUAUCAUCUGAAGUGGAUGACUGCUUCAAAUGGAAGAUAGGCCCCACUGGUACUCCAAAAGAUUUCUCCUCUUCUCAGACUUGGAAGGCCCUUCACCCCCAUUCUGUUUAUGUGCCUUGGAAUAAGGCGGUUUGGUUUAAAGGAAGAAUCCCAAAGCAUGCUUUCUUAUGCUGGAUCGCUGCAAGACACAGGAUGCUUACCCGGGACAGGUUGAGAUCAUGGGGUAUGGAUGUCCCCUCCACUUGUCUCCUUUGUAACGCCAAUGAUGAAUCUCUGCAACAUUUGUUCUUCUCGUGCCCAUUCAGCUCGGAGAUCUGGUCUACAUUCUACUCUGCUGCGAUGCUCAACCCCCCAUCAGACUUUGAUCAAUGUCUCCUCUGGUUGCUAAAUCCUACCUCCGACGCUAAUGUCUCGCUCAUCUUGAGACUGGCUUUCCAAGCCUCCUUAUACGGGAUUUGGAGGGAGCGAAAUGCCCGGUUUCAUACUGCCACCUCCUCUCCUGUUUUCGUGAUUGUUGCUAACAUUAAAAAAACAAUCCGAUGCAGGCUGGACCCUCUGACUCGUGCGCAGCGUAUCUCUGGAAACUCGGACUCGCUGCUCGCCACUUACUUCUCUUUUUUUUAAGCUAAUCUUUGCUAGGAUUCUAUCCAUUUUUUGUAUGCGGAUUGCUGGGACAAUCUGUCGGAUUAUGAGCGCUGUAACCCUGAGGGGAUCUUGUUGUAAUCAUCGUUUU